AGAGAAGAAAAACAGAUCUCUAGUAAAAGCAAACACAGCUUUCAAGUGAUCACUGAUGGGGCACUGGAUAAGACAGCUCUAACAGACGAUGUGGGAAGUGAGGAGGACCUGUAUGAGGACUUCCGGAGCUCCAACCACCGCUACGGCCACCCUGGGGGAGGUGGAGAACAGCUUGCCAUCAAUGAGCUCAUCAGUGAUGGCAGUGUGGUGUAUGCAGAAGCCCUCUGGGACCAUGUCACGAUGGAUGACCAAGAGCUGGGAUUCAAGGCUGGCGAUGUCAUUGAAGUAAUGGACGCCACCAACAAGGAGUGGUGGUGGGGGAGGAUUCUGGACAGUGAAGGCUGGUUUCCAGCCAGCUUUGUACGGCUCCGAGUAAACCAGGAUGAACCCAUGGAAGAUUAUCCCCUGAAGGUAGAGGGUGGCAAAGAGGACGACUCCAGCAGUGGCACCCGCCGCUUUGGGAUGGGGCAGACCACCAAAGAUCAAAUGAGAACCAACGUCAUCAAUGAGAUCAUAAGCACGGAGAGAGACUACAUCAAGCAUCUGAAGGAUAUUUGUGAGGGUUACAUUAAGCAGUGCCGCAAAAGAGCUGACAUGUUUACAGAAGAGCAGCUGAAGACAAUCUUUGGGAAUAUUGAGGACAUCUACAGGUGCCAGAAGAAAUUUGUUAAAGCACUAGAGAAGAAAUUCAACAAAGACCACCCACAUUUGAGUGAGGUUGGCUCAUGCUUCUUGGAAUAUCAAACGGAGUUUCAGAUAUACUCUGAAUACUGCAACAACCACCCCAAUGCCUGCAUGGAGCUGUCCCGCCUCACCAAAGUUAACAAAUAUGUCUACUUCUUCGAAGCCUGCCGCCUGCUGCAGAAGAUGAUAGACAUCUCUCUCGAUGGGUUUCUGCUGACUCCCGUGCAGAAAAUCUGCAAAUAUCCACUGCAACUGGCUGAACUGCUCAAAUACACCAACCCCCAACACAGGGAUUUUAAAGAUGUCGAAGCGGCCUUAAAUGCCAUGAAGAACGUUGCUCGGCUCAUCAAUGAGAGAAAGCGGCGGCUGGAGAACAUUGACAAAAUUGCUCAGUGGCAGAGUUCAAUAGAAGACUGGGAGGGUGAAGAUGUCCUAGUCAGAAGCUCAGAACUCAUCUAUUCUGGGGAAUUAGCCAAAAUCUCCCACCCUCAAGCCAAGAGCCAACAGAGGAUGUUCUUCCUCUUCGAUCACCAGCUUAUCUGCUGCAAGAAGGACCUUCUGCGUCGGGACAUCUUGUAUUAUAAGAGUCGGAUCAACAUGGAUGAUAUGGAAAUAUUGGAUAUAGACGAUGGGAAGGACAAGGACUUCAAUAUCAGCGUGAAAAAUGCAUUUAAAUUGCACUGCCGAGACACUGAGGAAGUCCACUUAUUUUGUGCAAAAAAGCCUGAGCAGAAACAGCGCUGGCUGAAGGCAUUUGAGAAUGAAAGGAGACAGGUUCAGCUUGACCAGGAGACAGGUUUUUCAAUCACAGAGGUGCAGAAAAAGCAGGCGAUGCUGAAUGCCAGCAAGCAGCACCAUACUGGGAAGCCUAAGGGUGAUUCACAGCCUUGCCCUGGAGCCAGGCCAUACUAUGACUUUCUGAUGCGUCAGAAGCAUCCCACCCUGCCUACUACGCUCCCUCAGCAGCAGGUCUUCAUGCUGGCAGAGCCCAAGCGCAAGCCCUCGAACUUCUGGCAGAACAUCAGCAGGCUGACGCCUUUCCGGAAAUAA